AACCACCGGAAGUUGAUCGCGUUCCUCAAAACCUGACGAUUUGAUGGCCCCAACGAAAAAUGCUACCCUUUGUUAGCAGAAGUGGUGAAAAAUCACGCCUUCAUUGAGGUUAUCUACAUCGAUCAGUCGUUUUCAGCCGACAUCCUUGUAUUUAUUCUCCUAAGUGAAACUAAUUAGUUGUAUUUUAUUCAAAGGUUAACUUCUCCGACAGUUAGUUAGCAGGUUAGCUGCCCAGACAAGAGCCGCAGCUCGGGAGAGGAUGUCUCUUCACGGGAAAAGAAAAGAAAUCUACAAAUACGAGGCGCCAUGGACGGUGUAUGCCAUGAACUGGAGCGUCCGCCCGGACAAACGCUUUCGGCUGGCUCUGGGGAGCUUUGUGGAGGAAUACAACAACAAGGUCCAGCUGGUUGGUUUGGAGGAAGAGAGCUCAGAGUUUGUCUGCAGGAACACCUUUGAUCAUCCUUACCCCACCACCAAGAUCAUGUGGAUCCCAGACACCAAAGGGGUUUACCCAGACCUGCUGGCCACCAGCGGGGACUACCUGCGCAUAUGGAGGGUCAGUGACACAGAAACACGCCUCGAAUGUCUGCUGAACAACAACAAGAACUCGGACUUCUGCGCUCCGCUCACCUCCUUUGACUGGAACGAAGUUGAUCCCAAUCUGCUCGGAACAUCCAGCAUCGACACCACCUGCACCAUCUGGGGCUUGGAGACCGGUCAGGUUUUGGGACGAGUCAACCUGGUUUCCGGACAUGUGAAGACUCAGCUGAUCGCUCACGACAAAGAGGUUUACGACAUCGCGUUCAGCCGCGCGGGCGGAGGCAGAGACAUGUUCGCCUCGGUGGGCGCCGACGGAUCCGUCCGCAUGUUUGACCUCCGACAUCUAGAGCACAGCACCAUCAUCUACGAAGACCCCCAGCACCACCCGCUGCUCCGCCUCUGCUGGAACAAGCAGGACCCCAACUACCUGGCCACCAUGGCCAUGGAUGGCAUGGAGGUUGUGAUCCUGGACGUUCGCGUGCCGUGUACCCCCGUGGCUCGGCUCAACAACCAUCGCGCCUGCGUCAACGGCAUCGCCUGGGCGCCUCACUCCUCGUGUCACAUCUGCACUGCAGCCGACGACCAUCAGGCUCUGAUCUGGGACAUCCAGCAGAUGCCGCGUGCCAUUGAAGACCCCAUCCUGGCCUACACCGCCGAAGGCGAGAUCAACAACGUUCAGUGGGCGUCCACACAGCCGGACUGGAUCGCCAUCUGCUACAACAACUGCCUGGAGAUCCUGCGCGUCUAAAGCCGUAGAAAACGAGCGCCCCGCGUUCCACUUUUGGACUUUUCAGUAGCUCUUGUCCUCCAGCUUUCAGGACGAAGAGUGAACUUUCUCUGAAGUUGGUUUACAUUUAUCUGCUCUUCUAAUAAACAUGUGUAAGCUCUUA